AAUUAAUGAUCAUACCUCCGUCAAGUCGUUCGUACAUUUUACACUGAAGAAGGCGGUGCCGAAAGAUGGAUGUCCGUAAGACAACGUUGAUAUAGUUGAAAGUUUUCGAUCAAUAGGCGUAAAGAAUAGCUUAGGCCUGUAAACAACCCACUAGAGGUUUGGUAAUGUCAAUACAGUAAUUCAGAAUUUGAUCAUGUCAGUCUGAUUUCAACAUGGUAUGAGUUCGGAUCUCUUUUGUUUAUUCUUUUUUAAAAAAAUUAAAGUUGAAUGAAAAUUAGAACUUUUCAUUAUUUUUUCUAUUCUUUUUUUCUUCCACACAGACGGAUUUAAAUUUAACAGAAGAGCAAAUUACUGAAUUUCGGGAAGCUUUUGACCUAUUCGAUAAAGACGGAGAUGGGACAAUUACUACCAAAGAACUUGGUAUCGUAAUGAGAUCGUUAGGACAAAACCCGACGGAGGCUGAACUUCAAGAUAUGAUCAACGAAGUUGAUCAGGACGGCAAUGGUACUAUCGAUUUUGAUGAAUUUCUAAUAAUGAUGGCGAGGAAAAUGAAAGAGACUGAUGUGGAAGAGGAGAUGAAAGAAGCAUUUAAAGUUUUCGAUAAGGACGGGGAUGGCUAUAUAACAGCCGCAGAAUUAAGGCAGGUAAUGGCUAAUUUAGGAGAAAAUCUAACAGAUACGGAAGUUGCCGAUAUGAUAAGAGAGGCAGAUUUGGAUAAUGAUGGUAAAGUAAAUUUCGAAGAAUUUCACACAAUGAUGAUGGCUAAGAGUUAAUGAUAUUAACUAACUAAAUAAAAGAAGAAUACUUAAGUUGCCAUCUCAUUGUUUUAUUCCUUGUUUGUGCUGUUUUGUUCUUUCUUAUCUAUUUUUCCCAGUCUAUAAGCCCCUUUUUACAUUAUGAAUUCAUCUAUAGAUAUUUAAUCUAUUGCAUUAUAUUUCAUAUGCUAUAUAUAUGCAUAUAUAUUUAUAUAUAUAUAAAU